AUGAUGCAGCGUCAAGGCAAUAGCUUGGGCCACAAUAAACUUCCUCUGACCCGCGGACCAACUCCCAAGUCGGCCGUCUCGCCCCACUCUCCGAAACAGACUGAACCCUCCCGAGUCAGCGAUUCCUCGCUCUCUCCAUUAUGCCUACCUGCCUCCCCGCCAUAUUGCCCCCACCGCUUCUCCGUCGCUCUUCUCACCAUGCUGCCCACAUUGCCUCCCGCCGUCGUCCGGGGGCGCGCACAUCGGGAUGCGGCUGUUUCAGCCAUGGAUCAAAUAACACCCAAGGAGGUGAAAAUCCUCGAGACAGCAGAAGAUAUUCAGGAACGGAGAGAGCAAGUUCUUCAUCGGUACAGUGAUUUUAAAUCAGAAGCACGUUCCAAAAGGGAGAAGCUUGAAGAUUCACGACGCUUCCAGUACUUCAAACGAGAUGCUGACGAACUCGAAUCAUGGAUUAACGAGAAAUUGCAAGCAGCUUCAGAUGAGAGUUACAAAGAUCCUACAAAUCUUCAGGCCAAAAUUCAAAAACAUCAAGCAUUUGAAGCUGAAGUUGCUGCACAUAGCAAUGCCAUUGUUGUUCUUGACAAUACUGGAAUGGAAAUGAUAAAUCAAGGCCACUUUUGUUCUGAUAUAAUUCGCAAGCGACUUGAGGACUUGCAUCGCUUGUGGGAACUUCUUUUAUCAAAACUUGCUGAGAAGGGAAUGAAAUUACAACAGGCAUUGGUUUUAGUUCAGUUUCUUCGUCAAUGUGAUGAAGUGAUGUUUUGGAUCAAUGACAAGGAAACGUUUGUAACAACAGACGAGUUUGGACUCGACCUUGAACACGUCGAAGUAUUGCAAAGAAAAUUCGAUGAAUUUCAGAAAGAUAUGGCAUCACAAGAAUAUCGUGUGACUGAAGUAAAUGAACUUGCUGAUAAACUUGUCCUGGAAGGACAUCCUGAGCGUGAUACCAUUUUGCGUCGUAAGGAGGAACUGAAUGAAGCUUGGAUGAGGUUGAAACAGCUUGCCCUUAUGCGUCAAGAAAAGCUUUUUGGAGCUCAUGAAAUUCAGCGUUUCAAUCGUGAUGCUGAUGAAACAGUGGCUUGGAUAUCUGAAAAGGAUGUUGUGUUAUCAUCUGAUGAUUAUGGUAGAGACCUAGCCAGUGUCCAAACCCUUCAGCGCAAACAUGAAGGUGUUGAGAGAGAUUUAGCUGCUUUAGAAGAUAAAGUCACCACUCUUGGACAAGAAGCUGAUCGCUUGUGUGGUAUUCAUGCAGACCAUGCCGAGCAAAUUCAGGCAAAGCGAGCUGAGAUUGUUGCAUAUUGGGAGAGUCUCACUCAUAAAGCUGAGGAACGUCGUCAAAAACUGGACGAGUCCUACUACUUGCAUCGCUUCUUGGCAGAUUUCAGAGACCUUAUUUCGUGGAUUAAUGACAUGAAAGCAAUAAUUUCAGCAGAUGAGCUGGCCAAAGACGUUGCUGGAGCUGAAGCUCUCCUCGAAAGACAUCAGGAGCAUAAGGGAGAAAUAGAUGCUCGAGAAGACAGUUUCCGUGCAACUUCAGAAGCUGGGCAGCAGUUGCUGGACAGAAGUCAUUAUGCUUCUGAGGAAGUGCGUGAGAAACUCGCUAUGCUUUCUCAAGAGAAAACUUCUCUACUCUCAUUGUGGGAAGAACGUCGCAUUCUGUAUGAACAAUGCAUGGACUUGCAGCUCUUUUAUCGUGAUACAGAGCAAGCUGACACCUGGAUGGCAAAACAAGAGGCUUUCUUGGCCAAUGAAGAUCUAGGUGACUCAUUGGAUUCCGUGGAAGCUUUGAUCAAGAAACAUGAAGAUUUUGAGAAGUCUUUGGCUGCUCAAGAAGAGAAAAUCAAAGCACUGGACGAGUUUGCCACAAAGCUUAUUGAAGGCCAACAUUAUGCAGCAGAUGAUGUUGCUCAGAGGAGAGCUUUGCUUUUGGAGAGACGAUCAGCUCUGUUGGAGAAAUCUGCACAGAGACGAGCUACUCUUGAAGAUUCUUACAAGCUCCAGCAGUUUGAGCGUGAUUGUGAUGAAACUAAAGGUUGGAUCAAUGAAAAGUUGAAGUUUGCCACUGAUGACAGCUAUUUGGAUCCAACAAACUUAAAUGGCAAAGUUCAGAAACACCAAAACUUCGAGCAAGAGUUGAACGCUAAUAAGUCUCGUGUGGAUGAAAUUGUGUCCACUGGCCAGGAAUUACUUGAGUCUCAACAUUAUGCCCAAGAACGCAUCCAAGCGCGAACAAAUGAGAUAGAAGGGCUAUGGAAACGUCUGCUGGCAGCUACUGACAAGAAAGGAUCUAAGCUGCAAGAAGCAUCACAACAGCAGCAGUUCAACCGCACAGUAGAAGAUGUUGAACUGUGGCUUUCAGAGAUUGAAGGCCAACUGAUGAGUGAAGAUCAUGGAAGAGACCUUACUAGUGUACAGAAUCUUCAGAAGAAGCAUGCUCUGUUAGAAGCUGAUGUAGCAUCUCAUCAGGAUCGCAUUGAGGGUAUUCGUGUUGCAGCGAGCAAAUUUGUAGAAGGUGGCCAUUUUGAUGCAGAAAACAUCAAAGCUAAGGAGAUGGCUCUGAUGGAACGUUACUCUGCUUUACAACGUCCCAUGAAUAUUCGUAAACAACGUUUGUUGGAUUCCUUGCAAGUGCAACAGCUUUUCCGUGAUAUUGAAGAUGAAGAAGCAUGGAUUAGAGAGAAAGAACCAGUGGCAGCUUCAACAAACAGAGGUCGUGAUCUUAUUGGAGUUCAGAACCUUAUCAAGAAACACCAAGCAGUUUUAGCUGAGAUCAACAAUCAUGAAAAUCGCAUUGCUGUUGUUUGUCAAGCUGGACAGCAGAUGAUUGAUGAAGGACAUUUUGCUUCUGAAGAAAUAAAGCGUCAAAUAAAUUUGUUAUCUGACAGGUGGAAUCAACUUAAAGAGAAGGCAUUCCAGAGAAAACAAGAUCUUGAAGAUUCACUCCAAGCUCAUCAGUACUUUGCUGAUGCCAAUGAGGCUGAAUCUUGGAUGAAGGAAAAAGAACCUAUUGUAUGCAACACAGAUUACGGCAAAGAUGAAGAUUCCAGUGAAGCCUUGUUGAAGAAACAUGAAGCGCUGGUGUCUGACCUCGAAGCCUUUGGAAAUACUAUUUCUGCUUUGCGGGAACAAGCAAAAUCUUGCCGGCAACAAGAAACCCCUGUCAUUGACGUGUCUGGCAAGGAAUGUGUAAUGGCUUUGUAUGACUAUUCAGAGAAGUCACCUCGUGAGGUAUCCAUGAAGAAAGGUGAUGUUCUCACUCUCUUAAACUCCAACAAUAAGGAUUGGUGGAAAGUGGAAGUAAAUGACCGACAAGGUUUUGUCCCAGCUGCAUAUGUAAAGAAGAUUGAAGCAGGACUGUCUGCCUCUCAGCAGAAUUUGGCUGAUAAGAACUCCAUCAGUGCUCGCCAGAGUCAGAUUGAAGGCCAAUAUGAUCAGCUUUUGGGCCUAGCCAGGGAACGCCAGAACAAACUCAAUGAGACUGUAAAGGCAUAUGUUCUUGUGAGAGAGGCCGCAGAACUUGCAACUUGGAUUAAAGACAAGGAAAAUUAUGCAGAAGUUCAGGUUGCUGAUGUUGGUGAGGACUUGGAGCAAGUAGAGGUCAUGCAGAAGAAGUUUGAUGAUUUCCAGGCAGAUUUGAAAGCAAACGAAGUGCGAUUGGCAGAAAUGAAUGAGAUUGCUAUGCAAUUGAUGAGCCUUGGCCAAACAGAGGCUGCACUCAAGAUUCAAACACAAAUUGAAGAUUUGAACCAGAAGUGGACAUCUUUGCAACAAUUGACAUCAGAAAGAGCCACACAGUUGGGUUCGGCUCAUGAAGUGCAGCGUUUCCACAGAGAUGUGGAUGAAACUAAAGAUUGGAUCCAAGAGAAAGAUGAAGCACUCAAUAAUGAUGACUUGGGCAAAGAUCUGCGAAGUGUUCAGGCUCUGCAAAGGAAACAUGAGGGUUUGGAACGUGAUCUGGCAGCUUUAGGAGACAAGAUUCGCCAGUUGGAUGAGACUGCAAAUCGCUUAAUGCAGACACAUCCUGAGACCGCUGAGCAGACAUAUGCUAAACAGAAGGAAAUCAAUGAAGAGUGGACGCAGCUAACAGCCAAAGCCAAUGGACGCAAAGAAAAAUUGCUUGACAGUUAUGACCUGCAGCGCUUCCUAAGUGAUUACAGGGACCUCAUGGCAUGGAUCAACAGUAUGCUUGGUUUAGUGUCCAGUGAUGAGUUGGCAAGUGAUGUCACUGGUGCCGAAGCUCUGUUAGAGAGACACCAGAACCAUCGAGCUGAGAUAGAUGCUCACUAUGGGGUUCCUCAGGAACACCGCACAGAAAUUGAUGCACGAGCUGGAACGUUCCAAGCAUUUGAAUUGUUUGGACAACAACUUCUACAGUCUGGCCAUUAUGCUAGUGUUGAAAUACAAGAGAAACUGGAGAGUAUGACAGAAGCUCGUCAAGAACUUGAGAAGGCCUGGAUUGCUCGAAGAAUGCAGCUUGAUCAGUGCUUAGAACUACAGCUGUUUUACCGUGAUUGUGAACAGGCAGAAAACUGGAUGUCUGCUCGUGAAGCUUUCUUGGCAUCUGAAGAAGUGGACUCUAAAGGAGACAAUGUGGAAGCCCUGAUUAAAAAACAUGAAGAUUUUGAUAAAGCUAUCAAUGCACAUGAAGAGAAGAUAGCUGCUUUGCAGACUCUGGCUGAUCAGCUAAUAGCUGCUGAGCAUUAUGCCGCACAGCCCAUUGAUGAGAAACGUCGCCAAGUUCUGGACCGUUGGCGACAUCUCAAAGAGGCUCUGAUUGAAAAGCGUUCUAAACUUGGUGAAUCACAAACUCUCCAACAAUUCAGCCGUGAUGCUGAUGAAAUGGAAAAUUGGAUUGCUGAGAAAUUGCAGCUGGCCACAGAGGAGAGCUACAAAGACCCAGCCAAUAUUCAGUCCAAACAUCAGAAACAUCAAGCAUUUGAAGCAGAGUUAGCUGCAAAUGCAGAUCGUAUUCAGAGUGUGCUAGCUAUGGGUCAGAAUCUUAUUGACAAGCACCAGUGUGCAGGAUCAGAGGAAGCUGUGCAGGCUCGCCUGGAAUCUAUUGCUGAACAAUGGGAAUUCCUCACUCAGAAGACCACAGAGAAGACUGUGAAACUCAAAGAAGCCAAUAAACAACGUACAUACAUUGCAGCUGUCAAGGACUUGGACUUCUGGUUGGGAGAAGUGGAGUCUCUUCUUACAUCUGAGGAUUCUGGAAAAGACUUGGCAUCUGUACAAAAUUUGAUAAAGAAGCAUCAGUUAGUGGAAGCUGACAUCCAAGCUCAUGAGGAUCGAAUCAAAGAUAUGAAUAGUCAAGCUGAUUCUCUAAUAGAGAGUGGACAAUUUGAUACUGCUAGUAUUCAAGAAAAACGGCAGUCCAUCAAUGAAAGAUACGAACGCAUUAAGAAUUUGGCUGCUCAUCGUCAAGCUCGGCUUAAUGAAGCUAACACUCUUCAUCAAUUCUUCCGCGACAUUGCUGAUGAGGAAUCCUGGAUUAAGGAAAAGAAACUGCUGGUUGGAUCAGAUGAUUAUGGUCGUGAUCUGACGGGUGUGCAAAACCUGAAGAAGAAACAUAAGCGUCUUGAAGCCGAGUUAGCAUCGCAUGAACCAGCUAUCCAGGCUGUUCAGGAGGCAGGAGAGAAGCUCAUGGAUGUUAGCAAUUUGGGUGUGCCAGAAAUUGAACAGCGACUGAAGUUGUUGAACCAAGCAUGGGCAGAACUUAAACAACUUGCUGCUACUAGAGGACAGAAAUUGGAUGAGUCGCUUACGUACCAGCAGUUCUUGGCAAAAGUGGAGGAGGAGGAGGCUUGGAUCAGUGAGAAACAGCAGCUACUGUCGGUGGAGGAUUAUGGCGACACUAUGGCUGCUGUGCAAGGAUUACUCAAGAAGCACGAUGCGUUUGAGACCGACUUUGCUGCACAUCGUGAUCGCUGUGCUGAUAUUUGUGGAGCUGGACAGAAAUUGAUUGCAGAUGAGAACCACCACUUGGAGAGCAUUGCUCAGCGCUGCCAACAACUGCAGAACAAACUUGAUCAUCUGGCUGCCCUUGCAGCUCGUCGUAAGACUAGGUUGAUGGACAAUUCAGCAUAUCUGCAGUUCAUGUGGAAAGCUGAUGUAGUGGAAUCUUGGAUAGCUGACAAAGAAACUCAUGUUAGAUCCGAAGAAUUUGGUCGUGAUUUGUCAACUGUUCAGACUUUAUUGACGAAGCAGGAGACUUUUGAUGCUGGUCUCCAUGCCUUUGAACACGAAGGUAUUCAGAACAUAACUGCUCUGAAAGAUCAGCUUGUUACUGCCAACCAUGACCAAACUCCAGCUAUUCUGAAACGACAUGCCGACGUUAUUGCCAGAUGGCAGAAACUGUUGGCAGACUCUGAUGCUCGCAAGCAACGUCUUCUCCGUAUGCAAGAACAGUUCCGCCAGAUUGAGGAGCUUUAUUUGACUUUUGCCAAGAAAGCUUCUGCCUUCAAUUCAUGGUUCGAAAAUGCUGAAGAAGACCUUACCGAUCCUGUUCGAUGCAAUUCUUUAGAAGAAAUUCGGGCUCUGAGGGAAGCUCACGCUCAGUUCCAGGCUUCACUUUCAUCAGCUCAAGCUGAUUUUGAAGCAUUGGCUGCCUUAGACCAGCAAAUCAAGAGUUUCAAUGUUGGUCCAAAUCCGUACACAUGGUUUACAAUGGAAGCAUUGGAAGAUACUUGGCGAAAUCUACAAAAGAUAAUUAAGGAACGUGACAUUGAACUUGCCAAAGAAGCACAACGUCAAGAAGAGAAUGAUAAACUUAGAAAGGAGUUUGCCAAGCAUGCCAAUGCUUUCCACCAAUGGCUUACAGAAACAAGAACUUCAAUGAUGGAAGGGUCUGGAUCAUUGGAGCAACAGUUGGAGGCUACCAAGCGUAAAGCAGGAGAGGUUCGGUCACGUCGUGCUGAUUUAAAACGCAUUGAAGAUCUGGGUGCUAUAUUAGAAGAGCACCUUAUUUUGGAUAACAGAUACACAGAGCACAGCACUGUUGGACUUGCCCAACAAUGGGAUCAACUGGACCAGUUGGGAAUGAGAAUGCAGCACAACUUAGAGCAGCAAAUCCAGGCUCGAAACCAAUCUGGUGUGUCUGAGGAUGCACUGAAGGAGUUCUCAAUGAUGUUCAAGCACUUCGACAAGGAUCGUUCCGGCCGCCUUAAUCACCAGGAAUUCAAGUCCUGCUUGAGAGCCCUUGGGUACGAUCUCCCCAUGGUUGAGGAAGGGCAGCCAGAUCCUGAAUUCGAAGCAAUACUGGAUGUUGUAGAUCCAAACCGUGAUGGUUAUGUAUCUCUCCAAGAAUAUAUGGCAUUUAUGAUUAGUAAGGAAACCGAGAAUGUGCAAAGUUCAGAGGAAAUUGAAAAUGCAUUUAGGGCUAUUACAGCUGGAGAUAGACCCUAUGUCACCAAAGAAGAGCUGUAUGCUAACUUGACAAAGGAAAUGGCAGACUAUUGUGUAGCCCGCAUGAAACCAUAUGUUGACCAGAAAACAGAACGACCCAUUGCUGGUGCUUUAGAUUACAUUGAAUUCACACGCACUCUCUUCCAGAAUUAAAAUAUCACUUUUCACCUUGGUGACCAUAGUUUGCUUAGCUGGAAAAUGACCCAGCAUUGUUAUACCAUUCAUGCUUUAUUUGGGAAGGGCAAAGGACAUUAGGGUCACAUUAUUUGUUGUACGGUAGAGUAAACUAUUCAUAUUUUAAAAAAUCACAAGUCCCUAGCGUUUCCAGCAUUUGCAAUAGCUUAAGGAUCUUGAACUUUCUAAAGAGCACUAAUGGUGAUUCUGUUCUAAGUAUUUAUUUUUUAAUAAUAUGUGAAGAGAUGUAUGGGUAUAACCAUGUAAUGAUUUAAUGAUACUGCCAUAAAUCAUAUUUGUAUUUAUUUAAAGUAGAAGUAGUUGGACUACUGCUGCCUUCUGAAGCUUGCUGCAUUAUUAAUUAUUUCAAUAUCAUUCUAACAGCUCUAUGGAGUGGUUACAUGAGAACACGUUGAUAAUAAUUCACAAAAAGAAAUGCUUCUUUGAAAGAUCUAUAUAUGCAAGGGAACUUAUAUGAAAUGUUGAUAUUUUAUUCAGAAAUUUUCAUGUAUCUUAAUUUUAAAGCCUGUUAAUGAUUGUGUUUUUUUUAAUGCAGAUGCUAUUUUAUAUUCUUGUAGAUCCAGUGAUUGAAAUGUCGAGCCCUUUAUUGUAUUGUUUGUGGCAGCUUUUCAAUGAGUAAAUUGUAUCAGCUUUUAUAUUAAAUAUGAUUUCAGUAUUUGCAGCUUCAUUCAGGUACCUUCAAAUGAUGAAUAAAAUGGUGUGAAUGCUU